CCGCCGUUGCAGAUCGAGGAAGGUGAAUCUUGGUUUUUGCAGUUGCAUGUGAUGAGAAUGGCUAUCCCGCGUCCGGCAUGAUCCUUGCAUGUAAGUACCUACAUACACAUGCACCUCGUCGUAAGUCGACAACCGCCAGGUUCUGGCACAAUGCCGAGAUUACUACCUACCUCCCGAGCAGAGCACAGGCGGAUGCAUUCCCCCUCGAAACGUGGUUGGCCGACUAAUUUACGGAAUCGGUCGGCGCCUGGCCUUGCAUGUGCCAAGUUGAUAACCGGCGAAUCCCACCGUGCCGAACAAUCCGGGGUGGUUCUGUUGUGUGUAUAUCAGUGGGGAAUCAGGGGGGGCAGCGCCUCUGGGACGCAGCGCCGAGCGCACAGCGAAUGCUUCGUGUGGACAUCCAUACCACGCAGUUGCGGCGGAGGGCAGACUCUUGGUGGUUUCGGACAUUCAACACAGUUACAUACACGGACACCUGUCUCACCAACGCUCCCUCGCGGCCCAGAACCUCUGUUUAACCGCUGUUUUAACCGCGUAAUCCUGACCUCGAGACCGUUGGUUUUCCAACAGGUUCAGCUGCAGCCUGCAGGCAAUCGAGCCCGGAACGGAAGGUGGCAACCAAAUAUGGACAGAACAACAGUCGCCACGGGGAACGCUGACGGCGUCCGUCCCUCGAAGCGCGCAGGUCGAGAAGCCAACCAACAGUCCCACGCCAACAACGAUACCAUUACCAGCACACACGAAGCAUCCGCCCACAUCCAGAACGCCUGCCCUGUCUACACAACUUGAAGUUGGGGAGGAUUCACCCCAGCGGCAACGCACUGAACACACACGCAGUAGAGACGACGCCCGCCCCGUGACCUGGUGCCGACGCCGCCACACACAUCAUAUCAUGCAGUCGAAAGAGCAUGGAAGCAUCGCCAUUUCUGAUUCCCCACCUGAUCCGCCGGCCCCUCCCCGAACGGACGAUGGAGCAGCAAAGGAGAUCGAUGGCCAGGAGAACCACCCA